AAAUAGAAAAAGGAAAAGAACUGGACCUUAUGUUGAAUUUGUGUUUUUUGGGCGACUUUUAGUGAAUUGGGCUUUUAAACAUCAAUUCAAAAAUAUUGAUACAAUUUCAGAUCCUACGAACUCAAACAGAAAGUUUCAGUCAAAUAGUCGGUGUUUGAUUCCGAUCAACUUGACAUCCCCGGCAUUACCUUAGGCGUCAUUGUUCCGGUCCAAGUGAAUAUCCAUGGGGCUGGGACUUGAAUGCGGUGUGGCAAGAGAGUGAAAAUCCUCUUCUCUUUCAGGCAUAGGCACUUUCUGCUUCUACAAUAUGAUGGUGCUGCUGAGAAUCUAAUGCUGUUAUCUUAUUUUAAUCAUUGAAAUUGUGCCAGUGGGGAUUGUCUUAGGUGCCUACUGGGCGAUUAACUGGUGAAGCAGAGAAGAAUUAUCCAGUCAAACUUUAUUGUCUCUAAGAACCGGAUCCAUGGUCCUCUCAUGAAUCUCAGAUUGCUAUACUACUGAGGAAAUGCUGAAGUUCAGGAAACCCGAAAAAAGAAUUUUCAUAAAAGGAGAAGCUUGACAUAGAAGCUCUUGAAGGAGAAGCUUUAGAUCUCAGUAUUAUUUGUCGAAUGAUUGGAUAACUGGAUUUGUCACUUUGAAGGAAGAGGGUUGGCCUCUGGGUUUGCAGCCAUUGAAUGUGAGAAUUGGAUUAGGAAGAGCUCGAGAUUAUUUAGGGUCAAUGUCAUUCAAUACUACAAUGCUUACUGGUUCACCAACUUCUACAGAUUCUUCAUCUGAUUUAGACACUGAGUCCACAGGGUCCUUCUUCCAUGACAGAAGCAUCACAUUAGGAAGCCUUAUUGGAGUUUCUAGCAUUCUAGAACUUUCUAGAAGAUCAAUAAGGGGAAGAAGACCAGAACCACUCAAAGUCAAGAAACCUUGCAAGGCUAAACCUUGGAUCUUCUCUCUUUGCUCAAGGGACAGUAUAGACGUCAAGAGUUCUACCACUAACACCCCAUCCCUUGGCCAGUUUCUUGCAGUGGAGAGGAGGGCGGCUAAUAAUGAGCACAUGAGAAACCAGAGCCAUAAUAUAGAAGUGCCAGAUGAAAUUUCUAUGGCCCAGCCCAUUCCCCAACCAAAUUCGUUAUUUAUGGAUGGUCGAGUUGCUCCUCCUCAAUCAAGCCCCCAGUCUGGUUCAGAAGGUGAGGGCGGUAACAGUGGAGGAAUCGAUCAUGGGAACCAUCAUGGGCAUGGAGUUCCUGUGUUAUUUUCAUGCAUGUGUGGGCAGGAUACUCAGUGAGUUAGCAUACUUCAUCUUUUUAUUGGUUGUUAACCAUAUUUGUGUGUUCGCAAUGUUACGUUGAUGAAAUUUCAUAGCAGGGUCCAUGGAUAAGUUUGUGGCUUUAGGAAGAUGGGCAUGUAUGUUGUAGAGUUAGGUACAUUUGUUAUUCCUAUAUGCAGCAGUUUCCUUGUCUUUUGUUCAUUUUGCCUGUCAUUAAAGAGUGAAUGUUGUGUAUGAGAAUUGUUCUUUUUUCCACCUAAAUACUGCUAACUUCAUGCA